AUGUCCUCCAGCGCGAGGCGUAACAUUCACAAGGUCUCUCCCUUUGAGACUGCUGAACCACUCGGCGCCAAACUCCCUGAUCAGCGCCAGAGAGCAGCAGCGAGUGAGAAGACUGCCCAGACGUGGUUCUCACCUGCUCAGCCGCCCGCAAGCGAACUGCCCAAACUAGGCACCUUUUCCGAUGACGAAGACGAAGACACAGCAGCGACGACCAGCACCCACCACGAAAAACCGUACCCUGAGCCGUUCCUUCCACCCUUCUCCCGCCAACCCCACCCUAUCAGCUUGCGCACAACCGAGGAAAACUCUUUCGACUGGCAGCGUCUAAGAACAACCUAUAACCCCCUGAGCCCACCCCCCGACGACGCCACCACAGCCGAAGGCGUAAGACUCGGCGUUGUAGCUGAUGCCUCGGACCGCAGAUGGCGCGAGCAGGUCAUGCGCCUCGGCCGCUGGACCGCCUCGGGCCACACGGCGUAUAUUUCAGGUCACUGGGGCCCUCCCGAGCCCUGUGACCUGGACGAGCUGCGGGCUGUGGAGCGCCGAGCUCUGGAUAUUGAGUUUCGGCGGGCGCCUGUCAUUGCGCGUCGGCCGGUCAAGGGGGGUAAAGGAAGGAGAUGUACGGGGGCGUAUUGGGCGGGAAGGAAUCGAGUUUUGCCUUGGCAGGUUGAGAACCGGCGGACUUCACAGAAGGUGGCCGGGGUAGUUCGCAGGCAUGUUGAGGUCGCCACAGAGGAUGUGGUGAUGGCGGAUGACGACGAUUUGUUUGUCGAUGACGAGCAUGAGGAUCUAACGUUGUCUCGUCCUCUCCGCAGUGAGCUGAAGCGUGCACCGAAGCCCCGAGUGUUGUCUAGCCAGGACAAGAUUAAUACACGUACACGAACGCAGACGACUCCUCAGACAGCUCAGAGCCGCAAGAGAGAACGACCUGGGUCGUUUUCUGCCGCUGUGGACCAGCUGUCCCCGUUCGGCACGUCAAGAAGUAAUGAGGAUCACGACACACCCAUGGCCAAAACCAUUACCCAGCCAGCACCCAGUGGCGGGACCAUAGGUGAUGGAUUGUCGGCCUCGAGCCCGUCGACGCCGGCCUCUCGACGUGCACAGAUGGGUACUGUACUAGGCACGAAAACCUCCGCGGCCGAUAGUGCACAACAGCAGCGCCACUCUACCGUCACCGUCGUCGGCGCCAGCGCAGCAAGCGAGCACAGCCGCGUUCCCGUCCAGAGCCCGGUCGGACGGGACAGCCGUACUGUCUUGGAGCAGGAACCGCGUCCUCGCACGCAGGCCAGGAUCGACCUGGAGUUUAAUCCUGUCCGAGCCAGUAUGGUAGACAAGCAGUCACAGAGACAGCGGCAGCACCGAGACCAGCAACAGCCUCUGCUACCGGUCGCCCAGCAGAGUGAUCACCCAACAAAGGGAGAGAAAGGGGGAAGACGAGGUGACCAGACCUGGAACCCAUCGCACGGCAUCAUCUUCGGUGCACCACCCAAGCGCGGCCGACGAACCACCACCAACACCCUUGCCCAAGUAGCUAGCCCUAUCCCACCCAAUAUCACCUCCAUGAACGAUCCAAAUACCAGCGAUGAUGACGAUAACGACGGAUACGUCACCGCCGCCACAACUAGCUCUCGGACUCAGCCUCCAGCAGUAGCACCACUCAUCCCCCGCCCAGGCUCCCCCCUCUAUACCGCCACCGCCAACAACCUCAGCCACCUCUUUGAAGAGCAAAUCCGCCAUGCUGGUGAAGCUCUUCCCAGCACAUUGACUCACCCAGGAGGCGAUCCGACUCGCCCCCUCACACGGGAUGUAACGGGCCUCCCCUCGCUCGGUGUCGAUGGCAUCCAGAGCUUUAGCGAUAGCUGGGAAGAGGAGGACGAAGGCUGGUCGCGAGGCGGUAUCGCUGCUGCUGGUGGUGGUCCUGGUGCUAAUCUGACGGUGGCGGCACCUCAAAGCCCAAGCGGCCGGUCUGUGCACAGUAGUGAUGCCGAGGGGACGGACCGCAGCUGGCCCAACGAGCAGGCUGACGCUGACGGGCUCGAGUGGUUCGCACCAGAGUACAUCUUGCCCACCCACCGGCCUGUGGGCGCUGGUCCUGCGAGUGGCCGUCGUGUGGCUGUGCUCGAAAACGCUCUGGACAGGAAGAAGGGUGGUCAGGGGAGCUCCUUGAGCACGCAGGACAAAACGAGCACCCGAGGCGGCUCACGAGGGAGGUAUGGUGGCAACAGCAAGUCUUCCCGGCCAACGGUUGCUGCAAAGGCGGCACUUGUUGGGGGUUCUGGUGCCGAGGUGAUGGCGAGGGAGAAGAGGAACGGCUGCUGGGGGAUUGAGGACGCGGAGUGGGACUGUGUAUACGCGGCGCUCCGGGAGAAAAGGUUCGGGCAGAGGGCAAUAGAGGUACCCAGGUGA